AUGGCAGACGCUGUGUCGGCUCGCACUCUGAACGGCGCUAGCAGCCGAGUCCGAAGAAACCAGAACCAGGGCCAGGGCCAGGGGCAGACGGGGGGUGUCUCACGUAAUUCCUCCACCCGGUCAUCUGCAGUCUACAACGACGACUAUAUGCAGCCGCAGGGUUAUGGAAAUCAUGGGCUUCGUUCAACAGCCUCGCGCUUUUCUCUGAACGACCAAUUUGCCGCUACCGCCAAGGAGUUCGAGUUCGGCUUUGAUGAUGGCGCAUCCACCUUUGACCGGAUGACCAUUGCAUCUGAAGCCGUUGGUGCAUAUGACGAAGCAAAUGCUGCCGUAGCUGGUCCAAUGAUUGGCGGGUUGGACCCGUCAGCCCUACAGGGCCGAGGACGGGUCCAUGACUACUACGAUCUCCUAGUCUUGCCAUUGGAUGCUUCCGCUCAAGACAUUCGGAAGGCAUAUUACCGACUGUUCGUCUUGUUGUACCCAGAAAGCCACCCGCCCAAGCUGCGCACUGCAGCCAGAGCCUACUUCACUCUGGUACAGACCGCCUUUGAGACACUUAUCGAUCCUGACCGCCGGCUUCUGCAUGAUCUAUCUAAUGGUCGGGAUGUGGCUCUGGAGCGUUCGGCUCAAUUGGAUCCACUUUGUCUAUGGCAUGUCGAAGCUCUCAGGUACCUCAUUGACGAUUUGGUAGCCAAUGAGAAUGGCAGUCUUGAGCUCGGCAUCAGGUUGGACGCCGUGAAUACGAAACUGCCGACGAGACCAGGCCUGAAAGGGUCUAUGCUUCAACCGCUUGACUUCGCCCUCACUCAGUCGAUAUCUACCUCGUUGCCUGGGUUGGGAAAUUCCAUCGAUGCCAUUGUAACCAAGACUGCAGGCUUAUUUCGGCUUGGUUCACCUGGUUCUCAUCUGACGCAACUUGAAAUCGACGGAAAGCAUCUGCAGUCACGCGUUCUGGCAUCCCGCAGGACUCUGCUAACAGUACGAGGCUCCAUAGCGGGAUUCCUGCAAGAUCUUGUAUCGCUGCCAGAGUCUGUUGUAGCGGAUCCCUACCGUCCAAACAUACCUACCCACACCCCAAGGGAACGAGCUUUGCAGCUUCUCGACGGCAAAUUACACCCUCUAGUGGCAGUGAAGCUGCAGCAUCAGCUUCCGCCACGCCUGGUGUCUGGCAGCGAUGGCUUCAAAAGGCCUAGAGAUGGUUAUGAGGCUGGCGCUCUCCUAGAACUCGAAGCCGGUAUACUACCAAAGCCAUCGAUUUCCGUUGGCAUAACGAAGCAGGUCAACCUGCCUAAAGACGAUACAACAAGCGUAUGCCAGCUCGCUACCAGCGUGAGUCCAUGGCACCGCGGCAUACCGACUGUCAGCGCUACUUUGCAGCGACCGCUAUCCCAGGGAUUCAUUCAGUGCAAGAUGGACAGUGGUGAUUGGGUAUUUGGCCCUGAUGAGACGUGCCGUGCCUUCACUCGGUUUUCAAGGAUGAGCAAACGACUUCUCAACCUCGACUUCCCCACCCGCAUAGCCCCGAGAGUAGAGCUCGACUACACUUGCGGCUCCUCCAGAUCGCUGGCUUCAUGCAUACCAGACCGAUCCAGGGAUCGUGGCCUUGUUAGCUUGGAUCGUAGCAUGGGACGAGACAGAAUCCACAGUCUGGGGUCGUGGACAGUAUCGACCGCCGCAGAACCACACUACCUGGGCGGCUCUUUGAGAUACAGUGUUGAUUCAAGUAUUCUGUCAGUAGUCUCAAACGCAAUCAGGAAGAAUUCUUCCGUCAAGACUGCGCCAAAAGAGUCCCGUGGCGUACGCUUCGAGGCUGAGCUUUCGUCAAGCUCGAUAUGGGCUAGAUUCAUAGCCCUGAGGUGCUUGAAGCAGGUUGGGCAGUUCUCAAAGUUUGGGUUUGAAGUUGGAUUCAGCACUUACAACUUGUAUCUUUCCCUGUACUGGUCACGUCUUGGGCAGCGGAUCCGCGUUCCGUUUUUGAUUUCAUCGGGCCCUUCGGUUAGCCCGCGCAUUUUGUUCUGGACGACAUUGGUACCGUUCGCUAGCUUCGCCGUGUGGGAUUACAUCGCACAUCGCCGAAGACUAAAUGCCAUCGACCGCAAAGAGCGCGAUCAACUCCACCUUCUGCAAGAGAAGCGCACGGAGGCCGACGAUCUCACCAUUCUUAUGUCAGCUAAUGUUGAGGGUAAGCAGGAGGUGGAGCGCGCCAAUCGCGGCCUGGUUAUCCUGAGCGCAAAGUAUGGCAUCAAGACAGGUGAAUCCUGGGGUCUCGAGGAAGUGGCCGACGUUACAACGGCGGUGGGGGCUCUAGUUGACAACGGUCAACUUCAUAUUCCCAGCAAUGUGAACAAAAGCAACAUACUAGGCUUCUGGGAUCCAGUGCCUGGAUCUGCAAAGACACUCCACGUGCGAUACCUGUAUCAAGGAAAAGAAUCUUCAGUAGAAGUGGUUGGGCAGCAGGCUCUGUCCUUGCCACCGAUGUAG